GUCAGCAUUGCCUCAGACUUGAUCAAAUCUCACGCUCGUCACGUUCUUCUACCGAAACGCAAUGGCGGCUGUACUCACCAUCACCUUACCUCUGAAGGUUGUCGCUGAUCUUCAGAAAGACCCAAGCUUCGAUGAGCUUUUCAGCGUUGUCUCAAUCACCGGCUCCAUCGCCGGCCGUCUCACUCGCACCGUCAUGCGCAGUGUAAUGGACAACAUUCGCGCCAUCCCCUUCGAAUUCCCGGCUAAGGUCACACCGUCAUCGUCUACAGAGGCUGCUCCUGCUACAGACUCGGCGGUUGCGGAGGACGUCUCUCGGUCCGGUGCCGAGUCAGACUCCUCAUCUUCUGCGAAAUCAUCCCCCACACUCCUGCCUCAAUUGUGUCGGAGACGGCCAACGUCAAGACUGACGGCGGGAUGACGGAGUCCGCCGACCGUGGCGAAGCCGUUCCCGUCACUACCGCGGGUACGCCGCCACCAAGUGACCAGCGCAUCACGCUGAUCAUCCGCUACGAGACGGAGGACACGAAGCUUAUCGUCAACAAGGUGUACCAGAGAUGGGAUCAUGUGCUUGAGGAGUACGAAGACCGCACCGGGAUCAGUAGGUAUACCGUCAACUCUGUACUCCUUAACGGCGGGCUAUUGCCGCGAGGAGUGGCGGCGUACGACAUCUCCCUUCAGGACCUCGGCAUCGUGGACGGCGCCAUCAUACUCGCCGACCCCAUCUCUACCGGCGCCGAGCCAAAGAGGAUCACGGUAUUGUUCAGUGACUACGAUGCGGAAGAAAACCUCCCCAUCUACAUUUCCGCGCAGGCUACGUUUUUCGAUCUCUUGAAAGACUUCGGAGGCGUCAGCGCCGUCAGGAGUGUCGAGGACAACAUCUACAAGUGCUACCCACCCUACAGCUCGUACAUCCAUAAUGCAGAGGAGCCCUCCGGUCGGUUUAUCAUGAAAGGCACGGAGCGUGAUCGGUUGGGGAUGCAGCUUAACGAGCUCCACACCACCGACAACAUCGAGAUCGUGGUCGAGCCCACCUACUACAACUUCGAAAUCACCAUCCGCGACACGAUGAACCGUGAGGUCAACCUUACGGCGUCCAACACGACUACUUUGUUAGGUCUUGAGGACAUGUAUUGCGGGGAGACCGGCAUAGCAGCAGGCACCGUGGAGUUCACCCUUUUCGGCAGAGCUCUCUACAUAAGCGAUGACAAGCUCUGCGAGAUCACCGGCAUCAAGGACCAUAGCGUGCUCGAGGCUGCCCCGAAGGCCGAGCGCGGUUCUAACAGCGGCUGGGAGGUAGACCUCGCUACUGGACGGUAGUCUUAUCAUCAUUGCAUUAGCGAUGCAGCGAGCAGACUCGGUUGGUACGGCAUUGUCGAUCACGGGCUGCUUGAAAGCGCCGCUGCGCGACAUAUGCGUGGCCACAGGUGUAUGAAAGGUCAUGGGAGCUGCACCGGCAGUCCCUGGGCGGUAACAGACUGGCGUCAACAGUGAUAAACUUAGCCUACAUAGGCACCACAUCCGUCCUGAGGGCAUGGCAGGUGCAAUGGCAUCCUUGUAGUAAUACUUCAAUUCACUAAGGUGUAAUGUGGGAGUUGAGAAGAGACAAAUAUAUGUCCGAUAAGGGUCGGC